AUAUUUUAUUAAAUAAUGACUUACCCUGAUAGAAAUAGAAAAAAGAAAUUAGAUUUUGUAGACACUCAAAAGCUUUCUUCUACGUUUGUUCUUUUAUGGUACAAGGAUUGUGAAAAAGAUGAGCGGCAUACCUCUCCCAUAUCACUUUCAAAUACACUUUUUAAGCAUUAUUCAUCCGUUGAAUGCCUUGAAUUUCAAGUGAAAAAUGUAGUGCAUGUUUCUAUUGCAAAUAUACAACACGCAGCUGUCAUCAUCUAUAAGGGGUCUAUUACCCAAUGCUGUAAAUUUGAAACAUUGCUAGAUAACUUCAUGGACGAUUUUGGUGAUGAAAAUCCUAGCACUGAUGAAGUAAGCAAGUUUGCCCUCAAUUAUAUUGAAGGCAAUACUGACGGAAAAAGAAAACAUUCUGAUGGAGACCAAUCCUCAGAUCCAGAGAAUAUUGCACCGGUCUCAGAACAUACAGGCCUAAACGGACCUAAAUAUAAAUCGACUCCUAAAUCAAAGGUGCUGAAAAAAAAACAUGUAAAUGAAGUGUUGAAUGAAAAUUCAGAAUCAGAGUCCUUUGCAUCAUUUUAUAACAGUCAAAAAGGAUCUAAAAAAAGUGAAGCACAGAUUAUGGCUUUGGAAAAGCGGAAGCUUGACAUGCUACUUGACAAUGUUGAUGCUCCCAGAGCAUUGAUGCUUCCAAUAAUUAGUGAUGUUCCUAAAACAAAACACUGUGGUUCACCGAAGUUAAGCAAACUAUCUUGUUUAGAAGCAAUUUUGAUUGAACAAAAGAAACUUCUUUUUGAACAAAAGAAGACCAACAAACUGUUGUCUGAAAUUUUGCGCCCAAUAGAAAAAGAAUCUGUAAAUAAUGAUAAUGCCGUGUAUACUGGUUUUGAUGCCGAAUUUAAAUUGCACGACAUUCAAAAACGAGAACCAUGUAGCUUUGCAAGAAAAUUUAUUUUGUUGUGAUUCGGAAAGGAGUUUACUUGCACGCGUAUUUGUGAACCAAACGGACCUACUGCACGCAUUCAUAUGGAGAAUGAAGAAAUUCAGGAAGUUAAAGGUGCACUUGACAAAGUGUUUACGUCUUACAACUGGCGUGUUGUUCGGGCGAGUAUUAAUCAAUUUUUCCGAGACAAUAAAAGUAGUAAAAAAGUUUGAAGGUGUGGGGUUGUCAGCGUUUUUCGCUUAUCCCCCCCCCCCCCCCAUUCUAUCUGUAAUGUGUUUUGUAUGUUUUGUGUGUUAAAUAAAUACACCAUCUUAUUUAUUCUAAA